CCCGGCUCGGGCGCACGCACCAUGUACGGAUUCGUGAAUCACGCGCUGGAGCUGCUGGUGAUCCGCAACUACGGCCCCGAGGUGUGGGAAGACAUCAAAAAAGAGGCACAGUUAGAUGAAGAAGGACAAUUUCUUGUCAGAAUAAUAUAUGAUGAUUCCAAAACUUAUGAUUUGGUGGCUGCUGCAAGCAAAGUCCUCAAUCUCAAUGCUGGGGAAAUCCUCCAAAUGUUCGGGAAGAUGUUUUUUGUCUUUUGCCAAGAGUCUGGUUAUGAUACAAUCUUGCGUGUCCUGGGAUCUAAUGUCAGAGAAUUUCUACAGAACCUUGAUGCUCUACAUGAUCACCUUGCUACCAUCUACCCAGGCAUGCGUGCUCCUUCGUUUAGGUGCACGGAUGCAGAAAAGGGCAAAGGACUCAUUCUGCACUACUACUCCGAGAGAGAGGGACUUCAGGAUAUUGUCAUCGGAAUCAUCAAAACUGUUGCUCAACAAAUACAUGGCACCGAAAUAGACAUGAAGGUUAUUCAGCAAAGAAAUGAAGAAUGUGAUCAUACUCAAUUUCUAAUUGAGGAAAAAGAGUCAAAAGAAGAAGAUUUUUAUGAAGAUCUUGAUAGAUUUGAAGAAAAUGGUACCCAGGAAUCACGCAUCAGCCCAUAUACCUUCUGCAAAGCUUUUCCUUUUCACAUAAUAUUUGACCGGGACCUAGUGGUUACUCAGUGUGGCAACGCCAUAUACAGAGUGCUUCCCCAGCUCCAGCCUGGGAACUGCAGCCUAUUGUCUGUCUUCUCUCUCGUCCGUCCUCAUAUCGACAUUAGUUUCCAUGGGAUCCUUUCACACAUCAAUACGGUUUUCGUAUUGAGAAGCAAGGAAGGAUUGUUGGACGUAGAGAAAUUAGAAUGUGAGGAUGAGCUGACUGGAACUGAGAUCAGCUGCUUACGUCUCAAGGGUCAGAUGAUCUACUUACCUGAAGCAGAUAGCAUCCUUUUUCUGUGUUCACCAAGUGUGAUGAAUCUGGAUGAUCUGACAAGGAGAGGUCUGUAUCUGAGCGACAUCCCCCUGCACGAUGCCACGCGUGACCUCGUUCUUUUGGGAGAGCAAUUCAGAGAGGAAUACAAACUGACUCAAGAACUGGAAAUCCUCACAGACCGGCUGCAGCUCACGUUAAGAGCCUUGGAAGAUGAAAAGAAAAAGACAGACACGUUGCUUUAUUCUGUCCUCCCUCCAUCUGUUGCCAAUGAGCUGAGACACAAACGCCCCGUGCCUGCCAAAAGAUACGACAAUGUGACCAUCCUCUUCAGUGGCAUUGUGGGCUUCAAUGCUUUCUGCAGCAAGCAUGCAUCCGGAGAAGGGGCCAUGAAGAUUGUAAACCUCCUCAAUGACCUCUACACCAGAUUUGACACACUGACCGACUCUCGGAAAAAUCCAUUCGUUUAUAAGGUGGAGACAGUUGGUGACAAGUACAUGACAGUGAGUGGUUUACCAGAGCCAUGCAUCCACCAUGCACGAUCCAUUUGCCACCUGGCCUUGGACAUGAUGGAAAUUGCUGGCCAGGUUCAAGUAGAUGGCGAAUCUGUUCAGAUAACAAUAGGGAUACACACUGGAGAGGUAGUUACUGGUGUCAUAGGGCAGAGGAUGCCUCGGUAUUGCCUUUUUGGAAAUACCGUUAACCUCACAAGCAGAACGGAAACCACUGGAGAAAAAGGAAAAAUAAAUGUAUCUGAAUAUACAUACAGAUGUCUUAUGACACCAGAAAAUUCAGAUCCGCAGUUCCAUUUGGAGCAUAGAGGCCCCGUGUCCAUGAAGGGCAAAAAAGAACCGAUGCAAGUUUGGUUUCUAUCCAGAAAAAAUACGGGAACAGAGGAAACAACACAGGAUGAUAAUUGAAUGUUAGACUGUGGGACGAAGAGGACUGCAGAAUGGGCUCCAGUUGUCCCCUGUCACACACCAAGCCUGGGAGCAAUUAGUCCCUGUGGAUAGAUUUCGCUUUGUCCUUCGCGGUUACCCCAAGCCUUUCUCCUAGGUAUAGCUUUCAUGAUUCAUUACUCAACCUUAGCACUUCUUCUGAUUAUUUUCAAGGUUUCGUAUGUUACCUGAAAUUUGGCUUUAGAUGUGAAUGAUGUGAGCUUCAUGCGUCUUAAGAUCUGCCACAAGCGUUGCCAAGCAUGGUAAUCUGCAAGUGGUAGGCACCCAAUAAGUAUUUGUUGAAUU